CAGACGCACGCACAUGUCUAGCCUAAUUGCUAAGCAAGUUUAGGUGACCGAUAGCAACCUCUUUAAACUCCCAUCAUCAAAUCCUUCCUUUUUACAGCAGAAUCCUUACUUGGGUUUCUCGCAUUUCUACUCAUCGCCAGUUCUUCUUUGGGUGUGAUUGCCAAAUAAUGACAUAGCCAACCAAGAGAAAGAAAACGAGGCACAGCUCUAUUUCGGGCUUCUUGUUUCUUGGUUUCGCUGUGUUGUGCGCGGUUUAAAACAAAAUGCAGCUUCAUAUAUCGCCGAGUUUGAGGCAUGUUACAGUUUUUCCUGGAAAAGGUGUUAGAGAGUUUAUCAAAGUGAGGGUUGGAGCUAGAAGGGUUUCUUAUCGAAUGCUCUUCUAUUCUCUCUUGUUCUUCACGUUUCUUCUCCGGUUUGUGUUCGUUUUGUCCACAGUUGACUCCAUUGAUGGAGAAACCAAGUGCUCUACACUAGGCUGCUUGGGGAAAAGACUAGGGCCAAGGAUAUUGGGGAGAAGGCUUGACUCAGCUGUACCAGAGGUUAUGUUUCAAGUGCUAGAACAACCACUUGGCAAUGAUGAAUUGAAGGGAAGGAGUGAUAUUCCUCAAACAUUAGAGGAAUUUAUGGACGAAGUCAAGAACACAAGAUUAGACGCGAAAACUUUUGCUCUCAAGCUCAGAGAAAUGGUCACUCUGCUUGAACAAAGGACUAGAAAUGCCAAAAUCCAAGAAUAUCUGUACAGGCAUGUAGCAUCAAGUAGCAUACCGAAGCAGCUUCAUUGCCUUGCCUUGAGGCUAGCCAGUGAGCACUCCACUAAUGCAGCUGCUCGACUUCAGCUCCCCUUGCCGGAACUCGUCCCUGCGCUUGUUGACAAUACUUAUUUUCACUUUGUCCUGGCAUCAGACAAUGUGCUUGCUGCUGCUGUUGUUGCCAAUUCACUUGUCCAAAAUGCGUUGCGCCCCCAGAAGUUUGUGCUGCACAUAAUAACAGAUAGGAAGACUUAUUCACCUAUGCAAGCAUGGUUCUCACUGCACCCUUUGGCUCCGGCAAUAAUUGAGGUCAAGGCAUUGCAUCAUUUCGAUUGGUUCGCAAAGGGGAAAGUGCCAGUCAUGGAAGCAAUGGAAAAGGAUCAAAGGGUGAGGUCACAGUUUAGAGGGGGUUCAUCUGCAAUUGUAGCAAAUAACACUGAGAAGCCUCAUAUUAUCGCAGCAAAACUACAAACACUUAGUCCCAAGUACAAUUCAGUGAUGAAUCACAUCCGAAUUCAUCUACCUGAGUUGUUCCCAAGCCUAAACAAGGUUGUGUUCCUAGACGAUGACAUAGUGGUGCAGUCCGAUCUUUCGCCUCUCUGGGACAUUGACAUGAAUGGAAAGGUUAACGGAGCAGUAGAAACCUGUCGAGGAGAAGACAAGUUUGUCAUGUCAAAGAAGUUGAAGAGCUAUUUGAACUUCUCUCAUCCCUUGAUAUCAGAAAAUUUCAAGCCGAACGAAUGUGCCUGGGCUUAUGGCAUGAACAUAUUUGAUUUAGAGGCUUGGAGGAAGACCAACAUAAGCACAACAUACCAUCACUGGGUUGAAGAGAACUUGAAAUCAGACCUGAGCUUGUGGCAGCUAGGAACACUACCUCCAGGUCUGAUAGCAUUCCAUGGCCACGUCCACGUUAUCGAUCCCUUUUGGCACAUGUUGGGUCUAGGCUACCAAGAAAAUACAAGUUUGGCAGAUGCUGAGACUGCCGGAGUCAUCCAUUUCAAUGGUCGAGCAAAGCCUUGGCUAGAUAUAGCAUUCCCUCAGCUCCGCCCCCUGUGGGCUAAGUACAUCAACUUUUCUGACAAGUUCAUAAAGGGCUGUCAUAUUAGGCCAUCUUAACUUGAAUUUUGAGAUGAAAAUGUUGACUGCGAUCGUGAUUAAUAUAUGUCUAUAUAUAAGGAGAAAAAAGCAGAGAGGAGAGAGUUCUUCACAAAUCCAAGGCCUUGAAUCCAGAAAGUAAAAUAUUCAUAACCAGGCAUUUGUCUGCUUGGUUUUUUUAGAAUUCAUCCUCUGUGGGUGAACAACCCGUCCCUAUUACUUCAAAUCUUGAUUCAAUUUUAAUGAGAAAUUAAGCAUGUUAUGGAUUUUCAA